AGAGCCGGGGGGAUGAAAGGCGCGGGGUGAAGACGCACCGCGUACCCCAGGCUUGACUGGGCAGGGCUUCCAAGGGGCCGAUGAAAGCUGGAGGAACCGGGCUCCAAGUGUCUCUUCUUGCCUUUCCCGGGAGGAAGCUGGGGACACGCUCCGAGGCCGGGAAGGCAGCGGCGGGGGGGCUCUUUCCCUCCAGAGUCCUGGGUGACCGGGUCCCCACCCAACUCAGACCUCCCCUUCAACCUUACAGAAGACGCUCAAGGGUUGCUAUGGCAACGGGGCUCCGGGAAGACUGAGGACAGCCAAGGUCUACAGAGGCGACACCCUCCUGUACCCCGUUUCGAUCCACGGCCAAAGUGGCGCCCCCCACGCACAGGCACCGUCCCUGGGGCCCCGCCCCCGCGCGGAGACCGCCGUGGACCUCCGGGGGCGGGCGGCCGCUCUGGCCCCAAGCGGAGCCUCUCGCUGGUAGACGGGCCCGGGGGAGCCUCUCUGGGCACAGCGCCGCGGCGCGACUCGAUGCCCCGGCCGGAAGUGCUCUUCUUCACCGCCGGCCUCCCACCCGGCUCUCUGGUCUAGGCGGUAAGAUGGCGGCUACCGCGGAGUGCGAUGUGGUAAUGGCGGCGACCGAGCCAGAGCUGCCCGACGAGGAAGGAGCGAAGAGUCCUAUGCCUUUGACAUCUCAUCCUUCAGUCCCUUUGCUGGAAGCGGAGUCUUUCAAGGAACAAGGAAAUGCAUACUAUGCCAAGAAAGAUUACAAUGAAGCUUAUAACUAUUAUACAAAAGCCAUAGACAUGUGUCCUAAAAAUGCUAGCUAUUACGGGAAUCGAGCAGCCACCUUGAUGAUGCUCGGAAGGUUCCGGGAAGCUCUCGGAGAUGCGCAGCAGUCAGUGCGCUUGGAUGACAGUUUCGUCCGGGGACAUCUACGAGAAGGCAAAUGCCACCUAUCUUUAGGGAAUGCCAUGGCAGCCUGUCGCAGUUUCCAGAGAGCCCUAGAAUUGGAUCACAAAAAUGCUCAGGCACAACAAGAGUUCAAGAAUGCUAAUGCAGUCAUAGAAUAUGAGAAAAUAGCAGAAACGGAUUUUGAGAAGCGGGAUUUUCGGAAGGUGGUUUUCUGCAUGGAUCGUGCACUAGAAUUUGCUCCUGCUUGCCAUCGCUUCAAAAUCCUCAAAGCAGAAUGUUUAGCAAUGCUGGGUCGUUAUCCAGAAGCACAGUCUGUGGCUAGUGACAUUUUACGCAUGGAUUCCACCAAUGCGGAUGCUCUGUAUGUCCGAGGUCUUUGCCUUUAUUAUGAAGAUUGUAUUGAGAAGGCUGUUCAGUUUUUUGUACAGGCUCUCAGAAUGGCUCCUGACCAUGAGAAGGCCUGUGUUGCUUGCAGAAAUGCCAAAGCACUGAAAGCAAAGAAAGAAGAUGGAAAUAAAGCCUUUAAAGAAGGAAAUUACAAGCUAGCAUAUGAACUGUACACAGAAGCCCUGGGGAUAGACCCCAACAAUAUAAAAACAAAUGCUAAGCUCUACUGUAAUCGGGGUACGGUUAACUCCAAGCUUAGGAAACUAGAUGAUGCAAUAGAAGACUGCACAAGUGCAGUGAAGCUCGAUGACACUUACAUAAAAGCCUACUUGAGGAGAGCUCAGUGUUACAUGGACACAGAACAGUAUGAAGAAGCAGUGCGGGACUAUGAAAAAGUGUAUCAGACGGAGAAAACAAAAGAACACAAACAACUCCUUAAAAAUGCACAGAUGGAACUAAAGAAGAGUAAGAGGAAAGAUUACUACAAGAUUCUGGGAGUGGACAAGAAUGCCUCUGAGGAUGAGAUCAAGAAAGCUUAUCGGAAACGGGCCUUGAUGCACCAUCCAGAUCGGCACAGUGGAGCCAGUGCCGAAGUUCAGAAGGAGGAGGAGAAAAAGUUCAAGGAAGUUGGAGAAGCUUUUACCAUCCUCUCUGAUCCCAAGAAAAAGACUCGCUAUGACAGUGGACAGGACCUGGAUGAGGAGGGCAUGAAUAUGGGUGAUUUCGAUGCAAACAAUAUCUUCAAGGCAUUCUUUGGAGGGCCUGGGGGCUUCAGCUUUGAAGCAUCUGGUCCCGGGAAUUUCUUUUUUCAAUUUGGCUAAUGAAAGGAAACCAUCCAGAACCCAGAACAUGCCGACUUGCUCAGUUUAACCUUGAAUGUGGACACAGUUCACCUCCUCCCUUCAUCAUGUCUCCAUGUACCUAGAGCAGUUUCGUUUCUCAGUUGGAUGCCCUGUGUCUGUGAGUGGGAUGGAGGAAAGGGAGCCAGCGCCGAAGACUGCGGGGAGGGGAGGGAGGUGGGAGGUGGACAGGGAGGCAGCUUGUGAAUUUUUGUUUUACUGUUUAACUUUAUUAAAAAAGAGAGAGAAUAAAA